AUGGGUAAACAGAUGUGCCCCAUAAAACCGGGUGUACUGCAUGGCUGCAUAUCUAUUUUUCUAAAGGUUCGCAACACCGCUGGAGGUCGUGAAGGCUUUAUGAAACAUGAAGACAACGUCAUUUUAAUAACAACCGAAGAACCGGUCGAACAAACGCUAUCACCGCUUUUAAGAUGCUUAAGCUGUAAAUUUUGUGCCCCAUAUGAGGGUAAAUCUUUAAAUGAAAAAGGGAAAAAGUGGUGUCCCCUACAACUGGGUGUACUAAAUGGAUGUAUCUCUAUUUACUACAAUUUUUCCAGCAAUGCUGGGGGCCCAGAAGGGUAUAUCAAUAGGAGCUGUUUUUCCGACUUAAACGAGAGCGAUCUUGAAUAUUGUAAGAAAAAUGAGAAAGUGUGCCACAAGUGUUACACAGCUGAUUGCAAUAACAUAGACAUCACCAGUAAUGGCUUUGAAACUGAUGGAGGAGAAGGAGCUCGAAUGAUGGUCUCAAAGUUCCUAAUGAUCGCUAGUUCGAUCGGCUGUCUUUUAAUCAGUGUGUAA